UUUCCAACUCUUUCAAAACAAGCAUCCCGCUCGGCAAGCAGCGCAAGUUGCGGACGAUUAAAACGUGUGUAAAAUUCAAUGUACAAUAUCAGUGAAAUUGAAACUUAAUUUGUUUUACACUUAGUUUUCCAACUGUUCUAACUGAGCAAAAUAAAAAUGCCGAUUUUGUGCACGACAGGAUGUAGCAGAAAAGCAUUUCUGAAGCGUCCAAAAACAGGCGACACGCUUUGCAGAGAAUGUUUUUUUCUUGCAUUCGAAACGGAAAUCCACAAUACAAUCGAGCAGAACAAACUCUUUCGUCGCGGUGAUGUAGUAGCCAUUGCCGCCAGUGGUGGCAAGGACAGUACAGUACUGGCUCAUGUCCUUAAAGUAUUGAACGAGCGUUAUGACUAUGGGUUGAAAUUAGUACUAUUAUCGAUCGACGAAGGAAUAACCGGAUACCGAGACGACAGUCUAGAGACGGUUAAAAGAAAUCGUGAUGACUAUGGGAUGGAAUUGAAAAUACUAUCCUACGAUGAAUUAUAUGGAUGGACUAUGGAUAAAAUAGUAUCCAAAAUAGGUCGAUCUAAUAAUUGCACUUUUUGCGGUGUAUUUAGACGUCAAGCCUUGGAUAGAGGUGCUCGCUUGAUGGAAGUAGAUUGUGUUGCAACAGGACAUAACGCAGAUGAUAUAGCUGAAACUGUUUUGAUGAAUAUACUUCGAGGCGAUACGGCUCGUUUGCGUAGGUGUUGCGAUAUAAAGACCGGUGGUAAAGAUGCUGAUUCUAUACCGCGUGUGAAACCCUUAAAAUAUGCCUACGAGAAGGAGAUAGUGAUGUACGCUCAUUUCAAAAAAUUGGUUUACUUCUCAACCGAAUGUGUUUUUGCGCCAAAUGCAUAUCGUGGACAUGCGCGAGCAUUUCUCAAGGAUUUGGAAAGAAUUCGUCCUUCUGUAAUAAUGGAUAUCAUUCAUUCGGGUGAACAAUUAUCCUUCAAAGACACAGUCAAGAAACCAUUGAGAGGUAAAUGCAAUAGAUGCGGAUUCGUAUCUUCUCAACAACCUUGCAAGGCUUGUGUACUUCUUGAAGGACUAAAUCGUGGAUUACCCAAGCUGGGUGUUGGGAAGAAAUCAAAAGCCAAUAGAAUGAUUGCCGCUCAAAACAGUUUACGACAGAGUGCAAAUUUGGUGAAAACCGAUUUUUGACGUGCUUUCGAGCUUCACAAAAUUAUGUAUUACGGUUGAAUUACGUUAACCAUAAAAUGAUUUUUAUGUAGUCAUAUUUAAUUACACAACAAAAAGACCCACAAUUUUGAAAUGUAUUUUUUUUUAUCGCCGGAUUCCUUUUGAAUAAAACAAAUAUGCCGAAAA